AUGCAAGUCCUCAUAUUUGAUAAUGAUGUCAAAUGGCAUAUCUUUAUUAUACUUGUGUUACUCUCAUCUUAUAAUCAUGCUAUUGCGGAAGAAGAAAGUUCAUCAACACUGGUACCAACGACGACGCCAGUUGCUGAAAAUAACGGUAUGAAUUAUGACCCGACAAUGGCCAUUGUUUUGGUGUCGCUUUUAAGCGCAUUUUUCAUGAUUUGCGUGAUCACGGCGUAUUUUCGCCAUUACACAGAACAACAGCUCAGACUUGCAGCAAGUACGACACAUGGGAGUGAAACCGGGUCUAUGAGAUCCGUGGUCCAUGGGCUUGACCCGGCUGUGCUUGCCACAUUCGCUAGUUUUUCGUAUUCAAGUGUCAAGGGAAUAAAGUUGGGACAAACGGUACUAGAAUGCGCCGUGUGUUUAAAUGAGUUCCAAGACCAUGAAACUCUACGUUUGCUACCGAUGUGUAGCCAUGUGUUCCAUCGCGAGUGUAUUGACACUUGGUUGGCUGCACAUGUCACUUGCCCAGUGUGUCGGGCUGAUCUUGUACUCCGACCCGGUGAACUUAGUGAGUUAACCGAGUCACUACAUUGCCCCCUAGAACGUGAGAUAGAUUUUGCCUCGACUGAGUUUCUACUCCCAGUCGAGGCAAAACAUGAUAUACAUCCUACCACAGAAAUGCCACGUUCCCAUUCAACGGGCCAUUUAGUCAGGCCCGUUGAGAAUACUGAAAGGUAUACUCUACGGUUACCAAACGAAGCACUAGCCCUUUUUAUGAACAUGGUCACGAGCCUGCCUACGAGCCCACAUCCAGCAUUUCCUAUGGAAAGUAGCGAAAAGAUGACCUUUAGAAGUAUUAGCGUUGGUUCUACUCGAAGACUUGAUUAUUCUCACUAUGCAAAGUCUAACUCUCGAAGACUAGAAGGGGAAACGUCGAGGGCCGCCUCUACUAGUGAAUCUCACGCCAACAAUGGAAAUGACUUCACGAGGACUUCAAAUUCACAUCGGUUUUUUAGAUCCGUUAGAUCACCUUUUGACCGCUUCUUUCGACGAUCAAAUAGGAAUUUUGAUGCCGGCGAACGAUUGAGGGAUCAAGUAGCAUCAGAUGUCGAAGUGUAG